AUGCUAAGGCGUCUCGUGUUUAGUGCCUUUGCCGCGGGCACAGCGGCGCCUUCGGCGGACAAUUCUCGUCCCGCUGGAGCCUCUAACGGUCGAGUGCCGAACGAUCUGGCCCCUUGUGAGCGGAGCGUUCGCAAGGAUGCCCCUGAGCUCGUCCAAGUCAUCUUGGUGAUGAGGCACGGCUAUCGAACACCGCUGUACGGUUUUGGGAGUUUAGAGUCUCUCGACUGGCAGUGUCUCUCUCCGGAGGAGACCGAGAGCAUUUUCAGCCAGAUUGACUUGUAUCGGGUGAAGCCGAGCAGUUAUAUCGAGGAGGAGAAAUGCAGAGUCGGACCAGAGGUGUUGGACGUAGCGUCGUUCAGAAAGGCCGUCGUUGGGUUUGGCAAUUGUUUUUCUGGUCAGCUUACAAGGUUAGGGCAUCAACAAAUGUCGGCUUUGGGUCAAAAACUUCGCCGACACUACGUUGAUUUUCUGAAUUUUCUGCCUUCAGAGUGGGACGCGCGACAGUUUUUCGUCCGAUCAAGUAGCAUUAGGAGGAACGUUGAGUCUGCGUUCGAGGUUAUUCGGGGCAUGUACCCGAAGAGCAGAGAGAACGUUGCGAUUCAUCUCUACAGUCCGAAAGAGGAGAACAUCUACUUUGACAACACUUGCAAGACGCUCAGACAGCUUUUUUUGGAAUUUCGGUACCCGGGCGGGAUAAACGCCGAAAAGAGACAGUGGGGGCCGCUUUUUGAAGCGAGCGACUUCAAGGAUGUGAGUGAAUACCAAAGUUGGUCGAGGUUGUCGCCGCCGGCUUUAUGCAACAAGUUGUGGACCAUAUUUGCCCACAAUUUACCUUUUCCGCAGGGAAUUACGCCGGAAAGCGUGGUCAAGGCGUGCGAGCUCUCUGGAAAGUACCACGGAGAGUUACUGAGUGAUCCUUUGGUCUGCAAAUUGGGGAUUGGAAGAUUGUUGAAGGAUAUUGUCCAACAUUUGCAAUACAAAAUAUCGACUCGGUCGAUUGACGGUUCGGAGCCGGCGAAUGGUGAUUGGUCGCCGAGGCUCGUUCUGCUCAGCGGACACGACAGCACGCUGGCGCCUCUUCUGCAGACGCUAAAGCUGUCGAAGGGUAUUCAUCCAACUAUGGGUUCGGUGAUCGCGUUCGAACUUUGGGCGCAAAAAUCUCAGCCCGAACCGACCUAUUUUGUCAAGGUUAUGUACAACUUUGAAGACAUGAUCAUCCCGGAAUGCAACAACCAGAUCAUGUGUCCCUGGAACGACUUUUUCGAGCUAACAAAAUCUAAAAUACCGCAGGACUACGAUCUUGAGUGCCAUCUGCCGAAGGCAUCUGUGUAA